GGGGCCGCAGCCAUCGCGACCCUCGGCUCGACAGGACAGUAGGGCUGUAUGCAGGAACUGACCCCGGCCCCUACUGUCCUUGAGUCCCGGCCGCCUUCGCUCCGCCGCCCGCCUCCUGAGCCAGUCAUGUUGGAGUAUCUGAGUUCCCUGCCCACGCAAAUGGAUUACAAGGGCCAGAAGCUAGCUGAACAGAUGUUUCAGGGAAUUAUUCUUUUUUCUGCAAUAGUUGGAUUUAUCUACGGGUACGUGGCUGAACAGUUCGGGUGGACUGUCUAUAUCGUUAUGGCGGGAUUUGCUUUUUCGUGUUUGCUGACACUUCCUCCGUGGCCCAUUUAUCGCCGGCACCCCCUCAAGUGGUUACCUGUUCAAGACUCAGGCACAGAAGACAAGAAACCAGGGGAAAGAAAAAUUAAGAGGCAUGCUAAAAAUAAUUGAUUGGGGUUUUCAUGAUUGAGCUUUACUACUGCACCUGCUUUUGUUUCGUGUGACAUGAGCUAAAUUGUUUUCAUAUCCAAAACAUGAGCUAAAAACACCUAUGCUCAGCUGUGUACACAUUUUGUUCUCUCUAUAUUUCACUUCUCUGUUGGGUUUUGAUUUAUAAAUAUUUUAGACCUUUUCUUCACAAUCUUCCUUUGAAAUGGAGAACAGAAAACACAAGUAUGCAAAGUUUCUUUCAGGUCUACAAAAUAAUGAAUAAUAAUAGCCUCAUAAAUGAUAGUACAAUUUAACUAUCCAAGUUUUAGAAUUCAUUAUGAGUCAUCAGGCUGUUUUAAUGUUUUCAAGUAAAACUCACAGUGCAACUCAAUGUCUAAA